CUUUAAUCCUGUAUAUAAAUGUAGGAGGAGUUUAUUUAGCAUCAGUAGUUAAAAGUAUUACAAAUUUAAGAUAUAUAAUAUGAGGAUUUCUAAUUCCUCAUUAACAGUCAAUCCAUUUAAAAUAUAACAGCCUGUGGCAUUUUGAUGUGACAUGACCAUGAUUGUUAGUGAUGACAUCACAAUGGUCCCCUUGACCCAAGCUGAUAUAAGGGCUGCUUACAGCUGGGCCAGUCAGAUUAGUGAUUGCAUGCCACCAUGAGGUCACUAAUCAUAACCCUGCUUAUUUUUACUGGAUUUUUAAAAGUAAGUUCUAUUCAUGUUAAUGGGUUGAUAUAUGGGAAUUGCAUGGCAGCCAUUGUAGUUUCCUAUUAUUAGUGUUACUUGUUAAUGUACCAGUGACUUAUGGAUUUGCAGUGAAGUUUCUAUGCGAUGUACAGAAUCCUGUCCCAAACAUCUGAUCCAUGCUCACUUCUCUUACAGGAAAAAUAUAUCAAACAAGAUUACAAGACAUGUUCUUAUACUGAUGUUUCAUACUAUACGGAGUCCUGGCCAGUUUGCCCUGUGCCAGUUGACAAGGACAAUUAUAUAGAGAAAGGCAAUUCUCUUUUUGUACAGGAGAAGCCCAAGCCAAUUUCCCUAAUAAUGCCGGAAGAUAUAAGAUGUGAUGGCUUGCUGUGUCCCAUUCCUCCUACAGAGAGUCAGCUCAAUAGACCAGAUCCAGAGCUGAGUAGCACAAUCUUUCAGGAUUUCCUGCCCAUUGUGCCGUAUAUGGAGCUACUCUUUACUCCAACUGAGAAUAAAUCUAGUCUUGAAGAAGAACUUAUGGACUUAUUCUCACUAGAAAAGAUAAUUGUUCUACUGGACCUCUUCUCUCUCUAUUUGUGCUACAAAUGGAGCUCAAAAAAUAACAAAGAUGAUUCUUCUGCUGAGAGAGAGUACAAAGAUGAAGAAAAUGAGGAUGAAGAUGCAGAAUGUAGAGGAGAAAGCACAAAGACUGUGCCUACAGAAUGUACUUACUUCUUUCAAAAUGAAGACCAAAAAUCAAGGUUUAAAAAGAAACACUUUGGCUUUAAUGUGAGAAAGAGUUUCUGUCGCUGUCCUCAGAAAACAAAGAAGAAUGGAAAUGAGAGAAAGGCGUUAAGCCGCCUCUUCCUACAAUUUAUCCGCCAAUGCUUCCAAAGAGAUAUGUGAGGAGGAGAAAUAUUAUAAUUCUUAAGCUUAGACAAUUAGUUUGUUACCAGAAAAGAAAACUCUGCAAAGAUGAAAAUACUGGAAUUUGACGUGAACUUUAACAUAAAUUCUGAAAGUAAAUACAACUGAAGGCGUGAAAUUGUUGUAUGUAUAUGUGAAAUAUAUAUAAUUUUUUUAAUAUAUUAAGAAUAAAAUUUGAAACUGA